UAUACGUGUGUAAUUUUAGGUUACAGCACAUGGUAGGAGUGGCUAAUUGUUUCUAUAAGUGCUUAAACCAUGCAUGUGCCCAGUCUUUUGUUUAGCCAUUAAGAUGAUGGAUCUGGUGCUUUCCACUAGGCUAGUGUUGUUGCUCACAUUUGGCGUCUGCGUUCAUGCGUCUGUCUGCACAUCUAAAGCAAACGGGGAAACUAAAGAUUCAAAUAGCAAAAAAAUACUGCCUCACAGCAGAAACCAGACAUUCAACCAAGAAAAUUGUACUUGUUGUGCAGUCCAUGGCCAAGCCAGUCUCACUGACCUGCUCAGUGAGAAGGUGUUAUCUUGCUGUGGGCUAAAAGUUUAUAAUCCACUCAAUGAGAUAUGCUGCCAAUCUACUGUUUUAAAUAAACCUACAGCGACAGCCCAGUGUUGUGGCAGAGAGGCAUUUGAUGAGGACAGCCAAUUGUGUUGUGGGCCAAAUAACAGUAAAGUUAUUUUAAACAGAAAGUCUCCUGACCAUAGGUGCUGUAAAACGGACCAGUAUAACAUUAAAACUCAAUGCUGUGUUAUGAAGCAUUACAGUAUUCAAGUAGAGUCUAGAUUUAAUGUGUCUCUUGACCAAAGGAAUGCCGUAAGCAAAAUGUCACAAAACCUUACUGAUACAGAACAGUUUGGGUAUUUGUGUUGUGGCGCAAACAGCAGUAAGUUCAUGUUACCCAAGGAGUCCGCUAAGCACCAGUGCUGUGGCCCAGACAAACAGUUCAACAUUGAGACUGAAUGCUGCUGUGAGAAGAAUGGCACACUUCUAGUGACGCCAUUGUCUGAGUGUCCAGCAUCUUGUGAUGGGAGAAUGCAUAAUGAAUCAGCACAAAAGAUUACAUAUACAGAUGGCUCUGUUGAGCAUUUGUGUUGCGGUGCUAACGGCAGCAAGGUUAUGUUACCCAAGGAGUCCCCUAAGCACCAGUGUUGUGGACCAGAGAAACAGUUCAACAUUGAGACUGAAUACUGCGUUGAGAAGAAUGGCACACUUCAAGUGAUGCCAUUGUCUCAGUGUCCAGGUGAAGUUGACGAUAAAGGGACUGACCCACACUACAACCAAGAUGUCCACCAAUCAAAGAGCAAGCAACAAAAUAAAUGUCAUCUAGAAAAUCAGUGUUGUGGAAAUCAAGUCUACAAUGCUUCAACACAUAUUUGCUGCAGUGGAUACAGCCACACAAAAGGGAAGAAUAUCCAGUGCUGUGGGACGGAUGCUUAUGACAUUAAAAGUACUAACUUAAAAUGUUGCAUGGGAUCACUCCAAAACGUGACAUCAAAAAAUGCUUUAUGCUGUGGGUAUAGACUGCUAAAGAAAGAGGAGACAUGUUGCAUUAGUGAGAGUAAACAGCUGCUGUACUCUACAAAGGAAGGACUGCAGUGCUGUGGUCAUCUGUACUACAAUACCUCUCUAUGGUCCUGCUGCUUGGGAAAACUGUCACCGCUGCAACAAAACCAAACCAGCAGAAAAAAACAAGCUCAAGGUUCCCCACAUUUGUCCAUAAAUAAUCAAGAGAAACAAAACCUUUGCAACAAGGUCACACUUGGAAAAGUGGAGAGUGUUUCAUCGUGCAGCAUCAUAUUUAACAGUGUGAUGAAGAUCAAUGCCAAAGAGGGACUUGUUUAUGUUGAACCCCAACAUGUCAUGGUCUCAGAGGAUCCUGGGAACUGUAUUUUGCCUGAAAUCAAAAUUGGAAAAGUGUAUUUCUUUAAUAGAACUGAAGUUUUUGUCAACUUGGAUAACAAGUCUGUCUAUGAAGCUCUUUAUUUCAUUGUAUCCAUGUGUCAACAAUAGUUAUCCUGACAAACCAAACUCUGGUGACAAAGGUUGAAAUGCGAAAAAUAUAUUUUUGCAAGAUAAUUAUAUCUAUGACUUGAAGUUAACAACACAUUAAGCUAGCAUCAUGGAGUUACACUCAGUUUUGGUCUACUGUUAAGAAAUGUUCUCAUGCCACAAGCUAAAUUCACCUGUAUAUUACAUAUAUUUUGCACCUUUUUACUGUUCAUAUUUAGCUAAUGAACCUAAUGUC